AUGUUGUUCGGUGUUAAAUUGGCCAACCAGGUGUAUCCACCAUGGAGGAGCUCGUAUAUUGACUACGAACGUUUGAAGAAGCUGUUGAAGGAGUCGGUAUUGAAUGAGGAUGGAAUGAGUGGUCAGUCCACUAAGAACAAGAAGUCAGAAAAAGACGAUUGGAGCGAAAAAGACGAGUCAAACUUUGUGUCAGCGUUAGAUGCUGAGUUGGAAAAGGUUUACGGAUUCCAGGUUGCUAAGUACAACGCUAUUAUGGAAAGGUUAGUCCGCUUGGAGAAAAAGACAGACGACGAGGAAGCCAUGAAGACUCUGGACUUCAACGCUUUCCAACACAUGUUGGAAGAGUCUUUGAGCGAGGCCCAGGAGUUGGAUAACUUUUCCAGAUUGAACUAUACUGGCUUCAUUAAGAUCGUUAAGAAGCACGAUAAGCUACACCCUAAGUACCCCUCGGUGAAGUCACUAUUGCAAGUCAGAUUGAAGGAGCUUCCUUUUCACUCUGAAGAGUACUCUCCUCUUCUCUACAAGAUUUCGUUCUUAUACAAUAUUUUGAGAAAUAGUUUCCCUUCUAUGUCAAAGUCCUUGGCCAACUCUUCUAAACUAUCUAGUGUUACUAAUGGGGAAGACAUGUCUUUCCAAAGCUACACUUUCUGGAUCCACCCGGACAACUUGAUGGAAGUGAAGACAAGAAUUUUGAGGCAUCUGCCAGUUUUGGUCUAUGCUUCUGCGCCAACUGAAAAUGAUGACUUGAUCGAUCGAAUUGAAUCGAGCAUCCUGAAUUCCAACAUUUCAAUGCAAACGCCAUCCAGUUCUAGUAGCGUAGCUGAUGGUGAUGCCAUAGGCAACAAAACCUAUGACCCUGUGAUCAGAACAAUUUAUUUUGAUAACGAUUUUUUCGAACUUUACAACAAUAAGUUGCUGAAAACAAACUCUUCUCCUACUUUGAGAUUGAGAUGGACAGGCAAAUUGGCAGACAAACCUGACAUGUUUCUAGAGAAACGUAUGUUUGUGGAAGACAGUGAGACUGGUAUAAGUGACUUUGAUGAGGUGAGAUUGAAGCUCAAACCCAAAUUUAUCAACGGAUUUAUUUUCAAUGGUGACGACGAGUUCAAGGAAAAAACAUUGAAGAAGUUGAAAGACAGAGGUACGGUCGAGAAUGAAAUUGACAAGGUGAGUAACGACUUCGACAAUAUUAAGAAAUUUGUUUUGGAAAAUGAGUUGCAGCCAAUGUUAAGAGCUAUGUACACUAGAACCGCCUUCCAAAUUCCUGGUGAUGAUCGCAUAAGAAUUACUAUCGACUCUGAUUUAAUGUAUGUCAGAGAAGAUUCUCUUGACAAGGAUAGACCUAUUAGAGAUCCUAAAAACUGGCACCGUUCCGAUAUAGAUGCGGAUGUUGCCAAUCCGAUGAAAUUCUUGAGGCCAGGCGAAUACUCUAAGUUCCCUUACUCUGUCAUGGACAUAAGGAUCAGAAAUUCUUUUGCAGACGCUAAGUCCGGCCAAAAGAGCAUGAUUCAAUCCCAGUUGCCAAGAAAGCAUGGCAAGUGGAUCGAAGAACUUACGAAUUCACAUCUCGUCAAAGAGGUUCCAAAAUUUUCUAAAUACACCCAAGGUGUUGCAUCUUUGUUCGGAGAUGAUGAUAAUUUGGAUAUGCUUCCAUUCUGGUUGCCAGACUUGGAAACAGACAUUAGAAUUGAUCCCAAACAGGCCUAUGAAGAAGAAAAGAAGAAGCUGGAAGAGCAAAAGGAGAACCAAGCAAGGAUUGCUAAAAUAAGGAGAAUUUCUGCUGUUCCAACACCUGGAUCGGUCGAAACUGCUGUUGAACAAUUGCAAGCUCCGGAACUUCAAUCCAAAUCCUCAGACGAAAGAGGAGCUGAUUUGGAUGAUCAUGAAUCAUCUGAUGAGGAUGAGUCUGACGCGAGAUCCAAGAAAUUGAAGAAGAAGCAGAAUCGUGAUGCAAACUUCUUCAGAAUCCUGGCAGGAAGACAGGCAAAGCUCACAGGCGUGGAUUCUGAAGAAGAGGAAGUAGAACUUCCUCCUGGUGUUAAGAAACCUACUUCCUACUUGAAAAAUGCCGGUCCUGUCAAGGUUGAAGCCAAGGUGUGGUUGGCGAAUGAACGUACUUUUAAUAGAUGGUUGUCAUUGACGUCUUUAAUGAGUGUCUUGACUUUUUCAAUUUACAAUUCGCUUAAGAGAGCCGAGUUUCCCAACUUGGCUAGAUUCUUAGCCUACGUUUACUUUGGAAUUACCAUUUUCACUGGUGUGUGGUCUUAUCGCACCUAUCUAACAAGACUCACUGUUAUCAGGGAGAGAAGUGGAAAGCAUCUCGAUGCUCCAUUUGGUCCAUUAUUGAUUGCAACCAUGUUGACGAUCACCUUGGUUGUCAACUUCGUCUUGGCUUUCAGAGAGGCAGCAAGCAAGAGACAUGAUGCGUUAAAUGAUGUAGCCGUGCUGACCGUUGAUGAACUUCCCAGGUCUUUGGAGCGUAUUUUGAACUUCGUGUUCGCCAUGGUUGGAGCUAAGGUUCCUUCAUCAAACUAG